UUUGAAAAAUCUGACCGGAAGCCUAUAAACCCUUAGUCAACAUUAGGUAAGUUCGAGAACAUCCGAUUGACGUUGUCGUUUGUUUCAGGUUUUCAACCACGAGACACGCGUAGCGGACCCGCUGUCCCCUGCCGCGCGGAGACAUGGCGGAGCUGGGCGUCCGGGCCGGAGACGAGGUGCUGUUGGUGUGGGCGCAGCCGUCGGCCCCCGCGGCCCUCGAGCAGCACGCGGAGGAAGUGGGAGCCGCUGGCUGCCGCGUGUCCGUGGAGAACAUGGAGCGGCUGCUGCUCUCAUCCCACCCGGCCUCCACCUUUGACUGGGUGCUGUCUGGCCUCCUGGCUGACAGCUCCUCCGCCCACAGCGCCGAGACGCUGGCUGAAAUGGCCCGAGUGCUCAAACCUGGUGGGAAGCUGGUCCUGGAUGAAGCGGUCACAGGAGCUGAGGCGCGGAGCGUGAGGACUGUGGAGAAGCUGGUGUCUGCUCUGAAGCUGUCCGGCUUCAUGUCGGUGACGGAGGUCAGUAAAGCAGAACUGAGUGCAGAGGCGUUGAGCUCCCUCAGGACAGCCACUGGUUACCAAGGCAACACUCUGUCUAAAGUCCGCGUGUCGGCCUGCAAGCCGGCCUUCGAGGUGGGAUCCUCCAGCCAGAUUAAACUCUCGUUCAGGAAGAAGCCAGCAGAGAAACCAGCUCUGGAUCCCGACGCGGCCAAAAUGUGGACGCUGUCAGCCAACGACAUGGACGACGACGACGUGGACCUCGUGGACUCCGACGCUCUACUGGACGAGGAGGACCUGAAGAAGCCGGACCCGGCUUCUCUUAAAGCCCCCACGUGUGGAGAAGGGUCAGCCAAGAAGAAAGCCUGCAAGAACUGCACGUGUGGCCUCGCUGAGGAGCAGGAGAGUAAAGGGAAAGCGAAGACCGAUCUACCAAAGUCCGCCUGUGGAAGCUGUUACCUGGGCGACGCGUUCCGGUGUGCCAGCUGCCCGUACGCGGGGAUGCCGGCCUUCAAGCCGGGCGAGAAGAUCGUGCUGGACAAGAAGACGCUGACCGAAGCUUGACACGCCGCAGCGUUGAAUAUCACAUUCCUCCGUCCAGAGACACGACUUCCUCUGCAGCAGCGUCGCUUUGUGUGAUGUUUGGAGACGGCGCCGUUAUUUAUUGUUUUCAAUAACUGUCCCGUUUAAUGAUUUCUUAUGUACAUGUUGCCUUUUGCGAUCAAACACAUUAAAGCCAGUCUUCUUCCUGAA